AUGAAGUCACUGGGGCGUCUUUGGGGAACCGGUCUGGUUUUGGCGUCGGUAUUGGUUUCCGCCAAGGCUGAUAUCGAGCUGACGAGUGUCGUUUACUUCAACGCGGAAGAUUCGUGCCAAGAUGCUGUGGGUCCGCCUCCACUGGUUUCAGCUACGGUUGCGAGCUCGUGUGAAGAUUUAACGACGUGCGAGUUGACGGAUGGGGCGUACCACAACACGAUAUGUGUCACCACGGACGGAUCCACUUCAGGGGAGUUCUACUCGAUGUUCCUGUCGUGUGGUCGUUUUCCUGCCAACGGCAAGUGCAACACGGACGGCGCUACAAGCUUCGUGGCCACCAUUGCAGGCACUGGCGAUGCAACGCUGAUGUUUUACGCCGACACGGAGUGUACACCUGGUCAAGAGAACGGAGGCCUUAAGCAGUUGUCCUUGGACCAGGAUACCAGCAAGAGCGCGUGUCUUGACGAUUCGAAUGGUGCUUACUCAAUGGCAUAUGGAAGCGGCGUGACUGUGAUCGAUAGCAGCGGCUCGACUUCCAGCAGUGGGCCCACGAAUGCCAACAGCGGUGGGGAGGGCUCAACGACUGGAAAGUACACAGUUGGUGCUUUCUUCGAGGAUUCCGAAUGUAAUCAGCCGACGUCUGUUUCAAUCGGCACCAGAGACUGCAGCGCAGAUUUCACUGCAAGUUGCAUGAAAGUAACCGAGCAUUAUAUUCAGACCUCCUGCACCGAGGACUACCUCGAGUACGCAUCUGCGGCUUUUGAUGGCACUCCUUAUUUGGUGGAGAAGCAUUACGACAAGGAGAGCUGCACAACCGAAGACCAUGCCAUGGUGUACAAGGCAGACAACGCGUGCCAUACUCUCUCUAUGACGGGGGCCCCCCAGCUUCACAGCAACACUUAA